GUGUAUGAGACGGGAAGAGAGCCGGAGAGCAGCGAUUUACGUCUCAGCUUCUAAGCAGGCUACACCUUCAUCAUUUCCUCCGUCAUCAGCCGGUAAUGGACCAGCAGAAGCAGCAACUUGCCUGCAGAGUAGCUCCACUGGGGCCGGGUGCCUGUGAGACGAUGUAGUAGGAGGCUGUAAAAGUGGGCAAGUGAGUCAUUUGGGCAGCUUGAAAAGAAAACCCACUUGGAUUUGUCACUGCAGGCUAGUGCACAGGGGAUGUGGUGCCGUGAGGGGGCUUCGUCCUCCGGCUAAGCCCAACUUUGACGCGGGACUCCGGGCUCCCCCAUGCAGCCCUUCCGGCUGCUGUGGUCGCUAACAGCCGCGGGGCUCUGCCUGCUCAUCCUGGCUGUCCUCCACAAGCACGUCCUGCACCAAGGUCAUAUGUCGACCGGAACCUGUGAGGUCAUCACGAUGGACCGCGACAGCAGUCAGCCCAAAAGAACAAUUGCCCGGCAGACGGCCCGCUGUGCCUGCAGGAAAGGACAGAUUGCUGGAACCACGCGAGCCAGGCCGGCCUGCGUGGAUGUGGACAUCAUCGUCACUCGUCAGUGGUGUCUCAUGAGUCCGUGUUUGGACAACGAGGGUUGCGACCUCCUCAUCAACCAGUCGGGCUGGACCUGCACGCAACCAGGAGGCCGAGUCAAGACCACCACGGUCUCCUGACAGCGGUGACAGGAUGGAAUAUUCUCAUCAUCCGUCUCCCUUUGCUGCAGAGCGGAGACAACCACCGGCGGUCUAAGGGGUCUGUGAAGACAUUGAACAGUGUCAACUUUUCCUUUUCUGGAGAAACGUUUUGUUUUUCCACACCAAAGAGUCUUUGGAAGAGAGCAUGUCCAUGACGACUCCUAAUAAAGCUGAAGGAUCUUGGCUGAAUGCUGGAAAAGAUUAUUUUUAAGAUGAAACUUUGACCCAAUGUAGGCUGACAGACUGGAAUCCACAUGGUACUUUUCGAGAACAUCCCAUGAAUGAAACAUACAGCGCAGUUUUGACUUUUUACCAUAAAAGUGCUGAAUAAAUCAUGUCAGACACAUCUACGGACCUCUAUGGAACCACCUUGUUCAACAGGGCUGCAAAAGUUGUUUAAAAAGUACAGUACCUCACAAGAGUGAGUACAAUAUUUACACAUUUGUGUAAACGUCUUAUUAUUUGCAUGGGACAACACUGAGGAAAUGACACUUGGAUACAAUGUAAAGUAGUCAGUGUACAGCUUGUAUAGCAGUGUAAAUUUAUUGUCUCCUCAAAAUAAUUCAACACACAACCAUUCUUGUUUAAACCGCUGGCAACAAAAGUGAAUAGUCGUCCCUCGUUUAUCACGGUUAAUUGGUUCCAGACCCGACCAUGAUAAGUGAAUUUUUGCAUUGUGGUAAUGGUAAUGGUAAUGGUAAUGGUAAUGGUAAUGGUAAUGGUAAUGGUUUCAUUCAUCUUGAACAUGCACACAAUUACAGUGGAGCUCAUCACAUAACACAAUUCACAAUUCUGCAUGUCCAAGAAGGAGUAGGAAGAAGCAAAGCUUAUGUAAUCCUACCCCUCAUCAGUUUCACAUCAGUUGCUAUACAUUUGAUGUAUUAACAAAUGGAAUAUUUUUGUAGUUAGAGCAUAGAAAACCUGUUUAUGGCCUUCUAAUUGUGAUUUUUAACAUUAUUAUGAUUUUUAACAUAUUAGAGCCCUGUAGACAUGAAAUAACACCCCUAUAGUCACCUUUACUCUCCUAUUAUUCUUUGUUCAGACCACACUGCGCAACUGUAAUGCACGGGCUACAUCACUGCAGGGACACAAGAGACUGUAACCUCUUUAAGCAAAACAUGCUACCGGGCUAACUAGUUAGCCUCCAAUUGGUUUAAUCUACACUUAAGAAAGGGUUUGAAACAGAGUGGGAAGGAAGGACAAAGUAAGAAGCCAAAACUACUUGGCAGAAUGGGAGGAGAAGUUUUUUCCACUCCAUGCAGUGUUAAGGUAAUCUAAUCUAAUGUCAUGUCUCAUCAAUGUAACAUUACUGACGCCUAGUGACCAGAAUACUACAUAAAACUUGUCUUUCAAUAUUUGAAAGACAGCGGUCAUUUAUUAGUUAAUUCAUUUUUGAAAAACUGCGAUAGAGUGAGGGAGUGAUGUUGGAACCACAAUGUAGUGAGGGACAACUGUACACCUGUAAGUGAAAAUUUCCAAAAUGGGCUCAAUUAGCCCCUUUUCUCCUCACCAGUGUCAUUUCUUCAGUUUUGUCCCAUGAAAAGAUCAAAUAAAUCAAAUGUGAGGUGUACUCACUUCAGUGAGGUACUGUAAAUGUGAUGAGACUGUAAAUGCUAUUCCUUCAAAGACAGCAUAUGAACCAAUAACGCGGUGGCUUAGAUAGAUCUGUCAUUCUCAGCGUUGUCAACACACAAUGACUGGGUGAACAACAUCAAUUCCUGAACUUCUUGAUUAAAGAAAAUGUUUCUAUUCUUUUCUGUUCAGAUUGUAACUUUCUCUGCUGAAUUUACUGAUGACUGUCAUGAUGAAUCUUCGCAUUAAAGUCAUUCAUUUCAGUGAUUUUUGUUGUUCUGGCUGUAAGACUUAAAAGCCCACAAACUUGAAUGUAAAAGGAAGAAAAACUACACAGGGGAAAUGACCAAGUAGGAAAGAACUAAAAAUUCUGAUGAGGAUGUAGGCUGCACUGAUCCUCUUUUUAUUUGUUAAUUUCACUUUGUGACCUACCUAUCCUCCUAAAACAAUUAGCUCACUUUUACACACACUCAACUUCAUUGCCAUCAGCAUCAUCAGACAGGAAGUUAGCUAACGCUUAAAGGGACGCUUGAUUAGGUACCUCAUCUAAUGCCUUUACAGAGAUAAUACAGUAAUGCUGACUUUUGAUGUUUGUUAUUGUGCUUGUAUCAUGCUGACAGCUAGGCAUGGGUCGAUUACCGGUUUCAAGGUAUACCACGGUAUGAAAAGGUCACAGUUUCAAAACCACUAAAAUUGUGCGUCGUACCGUUUCUACAAUACAAGAGAGAGUGGAGGUCCAGUGCGGCCACUACGUGGAAAUACUUUGUCGCGUGCAGUGUUAUUCAUCGUAGUUGGAACUGAGCUUCGAUGUGUUGCCAAAAGUCAUUAGCUGCCUUGUUAACAUUGAGAGUCACCGAUCCGGCCACUGAACAACAAGGAACAACCGCUUAACAAUGUUUCAGUUGCCAACAACUAUCAAAUGACUCGGAAAACGAAAGUUUGUGGAACAGUGCGACCUGCAAUCAUUUGCAUUUUGCUAUGUUUUUUUUAAAUUAAGAAAAUAUUUAUUGUGAUGUGACUUGAGGGUCAGGAUUAGCCACAGUAGACUUCAUUGAGAACUGCAUUUUAUUUAUUUAUUAUUUAUUUAGAGUCAUGAACACUGACCUUAACUAACACUGACCUUAUCUAAAGCAAGUGAAGCCUGCAGUUCUUUGGAUGUUUUUGUGGGGUCUUUUGUGACCUCUUGGCUCAGUCAUCACUGCGCUCUUGGGGUCAUUUUGUUUGCCCAGCUUUCUGGGAAGGUUCACCACUGUUGCAGGUUUUCACCAUGCGUGGAUAAUAGCUCUCACUGUGGUUCU